AUGGCGAAAGAAAAACUGGCGGAUCAGCAGGAAUCCUCGCCUCGUCUAGAAGGCGCAGAGUCAGAUGCAUUCCACCUGGAUCUCCCGGUUGACGGUGGCCGUACACUGUCGUGCACAGUUCGGCGUCUGCCUGAAAAGACCAGUUCUGACGGGCAGAAUGUGCAGGUGCUUUUGUCUUUCAAAGAACCCUUUUUCGGAGAAAGCGGGGCAAACAAGGAACUACUAUUGCACUGGGGUGUCGCUAAGAACCCAGGGGAGUGGCUGCCUCCCAGCAGCGAAUUAAUGGAGCAGCUGCGCUGUAAAGGUCAGCCCGUGAAGUUCAAGGACGGGGCAUCAGAUAUUCCCUUUCCGUCCUCACACUCCUCCUCCUCCCCCCCAGUGCUCGAGUUGACGUUCCCCGCAGAUGUGGCCCCAGAAUACAUGGUGUUCGUGUUGCACUCUCCCCCGAACGAAUGGUUCAAGCAGGCUACCCCAGGACGACCUUCUACGAAUUUCAUGGUUCCUCUCAAGCAGGCGAUAAAAUUGAUGCUGUCACGAAGUGCUCUCCUGAAAGCUAUAGCUGCCUACAAACAGACACAGCCUCUGCAACAAAUCAAGCCCUCCAGCACACGCUACUGGAGAACUGUGGUGAACGACGGCGACAUGCAGCUAUUGGCAUUGACAUUCGUGGACAAAGGAUGCUGCGGGUUCGAACUCUUCUGCGAUUGGCCAGCCGCUCUUCUGCUUCACUGGGGAACAGUAGAAAGCGAAAACAGUACCUGGAAACGCAUGGAACUCAACAAAAUGUUGGUAGACGUUGGCAGCGACGCGCAACAGAUGCAGCAGUCGGACCGACAAGAGCACCGAGGGACACAUAAAAAGGAGGAUUCUGAAAGGAACAUCGACGGGCAGAAGAAAGGCAAGGCUAAUGAUGAACCAAAGUCUGAGGACGUGUCAGGGGAUGGGUGCCACCUCGAGAAGCUUUACGGGACCUUCGCUCACUACCCUAUCGACAACAAGGCAGCGCAAACCUUAUUUGAGUUCUGCGAGACGUCGCGCAGCGUGGGCUUUCAACGCGUGGCCCUCUGCUUCAGGGGAGACGCUGUGCCGUACGGGAUUUCGUUUGUGUUAAAAGAAGUAAAGGCAGAUCGUUGGUUCGCGGACCAAGCGGGGGACUUCUUCGUAAAACUUCCUACGCAUCCUUAUUGGGAAACGCUGCGCGAAAAGUACAGGAAGCUUGAAGAGAUCCGAGCUGCUGAAGAGGCUAGGGAGAGAGAAGAACGAAAGAAAAAGUGGAACGAAGCUAAGCAAGCAUUCAACAAAUUUGCUCAGGAGCAAGAUCCCGAAAGUGCUCUAACAUUGCGUCGGGUGCCUCUUUCCGAUGGAAUAGGAGAACUUCUGGUGAAAACUGAGGCGGAUGCUUCCAAGCACAGCAUCCUCAUCUCGCUCACAGCUUGUCUCCAAACUCCGUGUGUCUUGAGGUGGGGCAUGGUUGACAUCAUGGGAAGGAGGCAAACGGAGCUGCAAAAGGAGGCUGAAGCUAAGGGAGCCCCCCCCAUUGAAACAGGAAAAGGAGGGAGGUAUCAGUGGAUUUGCCCCCCUCCAGAAGUUAGGCCGCCCCAUACAGUAGUGGCGGAUCCACACCGGGCUUGUGAGACACCUUUUGAAAACUCUCCUGAUGGUCUUCUGCAACGCCUAGAGAUUCAUGUUCCAGCACUCAAGACCACUCCGCACUUCGAAGGGGAUCCUGGCAUUGAGCCACUCUUCGACGGCUUUGCCUGCUGCCUCAGAGAGAGGGAUGCUGACAGGUGGUACAAGGCUAUUGACAACCGUGACAUCCAAGUCCGCUUGCUGGAUGUGGAAAAUGUGCCUUGUAAGGGUGAGAACCGUGACUACCUGGAGAAGAUCGUGGAGGCCGAGGUGGAGUGGCAACACAUGACGCUGAUGCAUCGGUACAACUUAAUGCGUGAUUUCUAUGAAUCCUUUGCGCGGCGUUCUGAGGCCAGACUCUCCUCAUCUCCUGAGUACAGUACGCGGUCAAAGAGAGUGGCAGAGCUGGCGAGGAGAUGGUCGCACAGGCAGUGGGAGGGGGAUGAGGCGCCGUUGCCAGAGGGGUUCGGGGCCUGCAUGAAGAAAGCUCUGGCUGCUCACGACCUCCUCGCGUGUGGUGAGCUGGCUGCCACUGAGGCGGCAGAGGAGAAGGAGUUCUGGGAGCUCAUGUUUACUUGGGCUCGGUUUGCGUUUCUGGGUUUGCUGGACUGGCAAAGAAAUUACAACACAAAGCCUCGAGAGUUGGCCCAUGCAUGCGAAUCCCUGACUUUCUAUACCGCCAGACUCUGGUGCAACUUUCCUUCCCACCGUCCGCUGAUUCGUUGCUGCCUCAGCACUAUGGGUAGAGGCGGUUCUCAGGGUCAGGCGAUCAGAGACAGAAUCCUAGAAAUCAUGCACAAACAUCACAUACCUGAACAUGGAUCUUUCUAUGAACAGUGGCACCAAAAGCUCCACAACAACACCACCCCAGAUGACAUCGGCAUCUGCAGAGCAGUAAUUGCAUUCCUCGAGAGUCGCGGAGACCUCUCCGCAUACUGGCGAGUGCUGGGUGACCACGGAAUCAGCCGGGAACGGCUUGCCAGCUACGAGAGGAAGAUUACCAUGGAACCUCAUAUGCUGCACACGGACAUAAAUGAACUUAUAAAUGACUUCAGAGCCUACCUCAGCGUGAUUCAGGAUGUGCACGAUGCAAGGGAUGCUCGAAAAGCACUUGACUACGCCCGCGGGUACCUCGCUGGAGAUACCGUCCAAGCGGUAGAGAGAGUUGUGUGGGAGAUGGGACAGAGGACAGACGGCAUGGGGGCGGGGGAACUGCACCACCGCUUUGCACGUUUGUCAGAGGCGCGCCGGCGCAUUUGUUUCCAGCUAAACGAAAAUGGUUGUCUUGACAACUGUGAUAACUCAAAGAUAGCCGCAACGAGAGAGCUUUUGAUGCUGGACUUUGUCUUGGAACAACAGCAAGGCCUGCUGCUCCAAGCCACCGCGUCGUUUGAUGUACAACAACUCGCAAUGCAUCUCAGAGAGCUUCUUCUUUGCCUUUCUGCUCACGACCCGUUUAAUGUCGAGCUCACGAACCUAUGUGCCGACUGGCAGCACUUGUCUGGAAAUCUGGCGGCCAGCUGUGCAUCUGGGGAUAGCUCGAACGACGAAUGCAGGGAAGGAGCUCUUCUUUUGAAGGCCUUGUUAGAUCGAUUGUCUCGUUUUGUAGGCAAGCAAGUGGACUCAGUGCAGGAAGGUCUCGGGCCCAAAGCACAGUACCUGGGGGCGCAAGUGGGAACCGACAAGAAGGUACUCGACUUCUUUGUAGACGAGGUUCUACGAGGGUCCUCUCUACUGAGCAUUUCGUUUUCGAUCAAGCGCCUCGAACCGCUGCUGAGGAAGGCAGCAAAGCUGCCUGCCUGGCAACUCAUUUCCGUUGUAGAGAAGGUCAGGGGUGAAUUUGUCACCAUUAAUGAACUCUCGGGCAUCCAGGACAAGGUAUUUGAAUCGCCAACAAUCCUGCUCUGCAAUGCUGUGAGCGGUGAAGAGGAAAUUCCCGAAGGCGUUCAGGCCGUCCUGGUCCGUUCUGCGGCUGUCUCACCCGACAUUCUCAGUCAUGUCUCUGUCCGAGCGCGAAACGCCAACGUGCUUUUGGCUGUGUGCUUUGACGAGGCGGAAAGCGGGAAACUGGAGGAGCUCGCUGGGCAGUGGGUGGAAGUCAAAUGCACCCGCGAUGGCAGCAGUCUAAGUGUGGCGGCGGCGCGCAAAUGGAAGCCAGACUCGGCAGUUCAGAGGACCUGUUCCAGCCUGUUUGAUCGUAAGGCCUCCCAGCGGGUCCUGGAAACUCGUGAAGAAGAAGAACUCCGCAAAGCUGUUAAACAAGCCGACAAAAAUGUGGCAAUUCUCGAUGCAUCCAGGGAUGCUCCAUGGGCCAUCACUUCAGACAAGUUCACCUCGUCCUUGGUUGGGUCAAAGUCCCUAAAUAUCGCUAAAUUGAAGUCCACGCUUCCCAAAGAUGUACUGACUCCUUACUCGAUCGCACUGCCUUUCGGAAGCCUGCAGCGUACACUGCAUGCGCCCGAGAAUGCGGAGACGUUGAAGCGUCUCAGUGAGGCCUUACGGCAGCUGACAACACGUCUCAAGAACUCAGAAGCAGAGGCCAUAUUUCAGGUCUGCCAGAAGGCUAUAGCAAAUGUCUUGAUCCCCGGGGAGCUUCGCCAGGCUUUGGAAAAAGCUCUUCAAAGCAGCGAUGCCCAGGGGAGUCCCGGCAACGGAUCCAGCGCCAACUUAGGCAAUCGGCCGCACCUCAUGGAUCUUUGGAAGGAGACCGGUGAUGCUAAGUGCACGCAAGCCCUGGUCGAAGUAUGGGCUUCUCUCUUUGGAUUGCGCCCAUGGAUUUCACUUACUAAAGCAUCUAGAGACUACUGCGAACUUAACAUGGCAGUUUUAGUUCAGGAACUUCUUCCGGUUCGUUAUUCAUUCGUCUUGCACACUAAGAACCCCUUCUCACAGGACAAGAAUGAACUAUACGGAGAAAUUGCGGCAGGACUUGGAGAAGUCAUUGUGGGCAAUUACGCAGGGCGUGCCAUGGGUUGGACACAAACCCGCAAUGGAGAGCCUAGAGUUAUUGCCUUCCCAAGCAAAAGCGUCGCCCUCACAUGCAAACAGUGUUUAAUUUUCCGGUCCGACUCAAACGGAGAGGACCUCGAAGGGUUUGCAGGAGCCGGGCUCUUUGAGUCCAUUCCUGCUGAAAGAGCCUUUUGGCUGCCUCUCUGUUACUGGAGACAACGCCUCGUUAGCGACAAAGCGUACAGAAAUGCGCUAUUGUCCAAGAUAAGCAAAAUUGGAAUGCUUGUAGAAGAAGUCUACGGCGCCCCCCAAGAUAUUGAAGGAGUUGUCAUCGGCGAAGACACAGUUGCUCUCGUGCAGACCAGGCCCCAAGUCUAG